CAACGCCAGAGAACAAACGAAACAAAAACAAGUUGAACGCAAGUCAGUUAUUUUUGUACCUUGUUCGAAUAAGCGUCUGUUAAUUUCAUCACUUUGUAUCUUAUUAUACAAUUUUGAUAUCAUUUUCGUAAUUAAAGUUAUAGUUUAAUCUCAAUUUACGCCGUGAGAAUAAAAAAGUUAAUAUAUAAAAAGCAAGUCUUUGUUUAAACAGUGUUAAAAAGCGACGUUGCCGUUCUUCUUCCCUACUUUUCUUAUAAGAGAAAUCUUUUAUUAGAAGGUUUCUAGUUAGAAAUUUAGCAUCUUUAGUUAAUUCUGUGAUAAUUUCGUGUGUGAAUUUCACAAAGUAAUGCUACAGUGUUUUGAAAUGUGUGUCUCUGAACGUUAUACAUUAUCUGACGCAAUCCCUAUCUGGCAACAGCGCGAGGAAUCGGACUGAAUAAUUUACUAAUGUAUUAACAAAAGUCCAUUGGAUAUUACCAGUCAUCACACAAACUUUAACUUUUAUGAGGUUCGAAAACUAGAUGUAGCUGACGGUCCGAUUUUUAAAGCUGUCAAUGGCUGUAAGUGUGACGGCCCUGCAUCAGUCAUCUGUCAGGCAUUCUUGAUUUAGUUCGUGAAGAGUGAGAAACGAAAAAAUCAUCACUUAUAGGGUGGUUUUCAUACAAAAACUCACCACGGAAGCAUCCGGGUACUAGGGCCCUCGCGCCCGGUCGCUAUACCGUCGGGGAACGAGAGCUGUGGGCGGAUCGGUGCGGGCAUAUACAACGACAAGAAGCCGCUGAUUGCUCCUGCACUCGCUUAGGUGCCGAUUCACCCUCAACUCGCGCCAAUAAUCCCGAUAAUGUUGAGAUCGGGCGCGGGGCACCCGGAUGCUGGCCAUUCCGCAGCAUCUACGUCGCGGCAGCGCUCUCCUGAGGAGGAGGCGCAGCAUAUGUACGCGACGCUAAACGAGUAUCUACUGCUCGAACAAAAGUCUCAACCCAAACUUUGCUUGCCGGCUGAAUCUGAGAAUGGCGAAGUGACAACGGGUGCGCGAGACGGUGCGGCCCACGUGCUGAGGUGUCUCAAAAUAUGGUACGAUCUGCCUGCAGACGUGCUCAUCAGUGCCAUCAACUUGUUUGACAGGUUCUUGACAAAGAUGAAGGUACGUCCGUGCCACGUGCCGUGCAUCACGGUCUCGUGCAUGAACAUCGCGCUCGAACAGUACGCCGCCGACACUGACACCAAACGCAGCAUCUCUGUCGAGGAACUAGUAUCAAUAUCGCAAUCAGCUUGCACGGCAGGCGACGUGCUUCGUAUGUCGCGCGUCAUCGUGGACAAGUUGAGCUUGGUGGCAGGCUGUCGGGUGGUGACGGCGCUGGACUGGUUGAGGUUACUGCGAUCUAUGUUGCUGCUGCAGGCUGACCACUGCGGGGUCAGCUUGCCUGCUGGGUGCCAGGAGGAGGAGUUAGUUCAGAUGCUGGAGAUCGUGUCUUGCGACGCGGCCUGCGUCAACACUCGUACCAGUGAACUAGCGCUAGUGUUGCUGUACUACAAACUAGAGCAACAGUUGGCGGAGUGGUCGUCGAACGAAGAGAACUUGAUCCCGGAGGAGCACGCGUACUAUCUCUUCGACUUCGCCAGACAAGUACAGCUGCAUUGUCAAAUGAACGAGGCCUCCCUGUGCGCGGCGCGCGCCCGCGUCCGCCACGUGGUGUCGCGGUACGAGCGCUGCGAGGCGCGCCGCGACCGCCAGCGACUCGUGUGGAGACUGUCCGAGAGGACGCUCAAGGUACUUCGUCCGACGGAUCGUUUGACGUCCCUCCUGCCGACCAUAGAAGAGCAACACUUCGCAGUCGACGCCACGCCCACCAGGACCAGAUCGGGCAGUGUCAGCAGCGAAAACGAAGAAGAGACCUCAGAUUGGCCUCGCAGUCCGGUACUACCAGUGUACUGCGACAACUAAACCAUCCACGCGACCCGGCACCCACGGUACUUAUAGUACCACUCGGCCAACAGACAGCCCGGUAUUUAACACUACUUAACACUAUAUAGUGACACUCGAGAUAAAGAAGUACCCAGUGACCUAGGAGUGUUGUGUGGUACUUUUAGUGUCGCACGUCUCCUCAACAGUGACAGUUUUAGUCGAAGAUUACUAUAAGAAGUUGUAUAAUUUCUGAUGGAAUGCAAAAAGAAGAAUUGAGUUAGUAUCCAGUGGCUUAUGGAGUGUUGUGUGGUACUUUCUAGUGUCAUAUGGCUCCUCAACAGUCUAAUAGAGGCAUAUGACUCAACAAUCGAAGAAUUUUAUGAAGAACUUAACACUAUUACUGCUGGAAUGUGUGGCAAUUUUUUGUGGCAUACAACUCUACAUAGUUUGAAUACAUCGAAUUUUAACAGGUGUUCAUUAAGCAAUUGUACUUUAAGUGUCAUAAUAAUUGUCAGUGCUAACUGAAACUUAGUACUAGGACUUUAACGGUACUACUUAGCGUCACGAAAACAACGCUUAUUCUCGAGUGGGUACUAGAAUAAGAUCAAAAAUUUGUAAUAAAGAGAUGAUGACAGGGUAUUAGGAAACAUCUAUUUAGUCCGUCAGCUGGAUAAUGAAAAAUAAUAUUAGACACGUGUUCGAAAAGCUACUUAAAUGAAACCAGUAUAUUUAUUAACAAUAAUUAUGAAAGUUGACAAUACGUGUCUAAUUUAUCUUUUAUUAAAUCUACUAUUCGGACAUAGAACAGUUGUCAUCUAUUUAGUAGUCAAGUGGUACUUUUGUUGCCAUUUAUAGUUCGAGCGGUACUUUUUAGUGCUAAAUUAAACCAUGAUGUACCUGGCAGCUCUAAUUUUUAAUUAAAUAAAAAAAAAUAGGAUCUUUUAGAAUUAAAAAGAAAUCAAUUUUAAAACGAUUCCGAGCAUUUUUUCUAUGUUAUAUUUAUUUGUUUUUGUUUUCUAAUACAUGAAUACUUCUAACCGAGUUUGGUUGAAAAAAAAAUGUAUUUAAUUUAUUAUUUGUUUUGACAUUAUUAUUCUAUAAUAAUAUUAUGUAAUAAUAAAUCACUUAACUCGAAUUCUGAAAGGUCUUAUAUAGGUAGUUUUUAUGCAAGAUCAACUCUGUGAGAAUGGGGCUUACUCUUGAAUCCAAUUCCGAUCGAAUGAAAUUUCGUAUUUUUGAGCUGCAACACUAGGGCCCAUUGCAUUCGUAUUGCGUGGAUAUUGAAUGAACUAAACAGUAUUGAGUUUGGUUUUAUAUUCCGCACUCUGAGUGCUAUUUGAACAGCUACGAUAGGAGUUGUAUAGUUUUGACAUUGAAUGAUUAUUGAGAUUUUAUUGGUUUCAAGAGUAAGGCUACUAGUUGGGGUGUAAAAUUAUAUAGUUUGCAUUUAUUAUUAGCUACCCGCGCGGUUUCAUCCGCUGCUCGACUGCCGUGAUGUUUCUUAGCCUACAGUCGUCCUCUAUAAAUGGACUAUCCGACACAUAAAGCAUUAUUCAACUCGAAAUGGUAGUUCUGGAGAUUAUCUCGUUCAUAAGAUAUCGAUUUCUAGUUACUUCACACGCUGCUCGAGAUUUUUUAUAUUACCGUAAUUAUACUAUUUUACAUUCUAACCUUCACAAAGUUGAUCAUAUAGUUUAGACAAUAGUUUAGACUAGAAAUGAACGGAAAAACAUAUCUUUUUAGGCCGGGUCAUGUGGUUUUUAAAUGGAGACAGGGAGUUAUGGUCUAAGAUAAUAACUGAUAAAGGUUCUGCGACAGUCGCUGUGUGCAGGUCGCUUCCGACCUCGCGAUGUGUAGUCGACGGGGGACUGGGGGAGGCAGAGGACAGAGAGCAUUUAAUUAUGUAAGACAUGUCUGUCUACCCUUCUCUGGGUUGUGUAAAAUCUUUAAAGUUGUUAUCUUAGUCUCAUUAGUACCUGUCUCCUGAAAUUUUUCCAUUUUUCUUACCUUAUUUAUUAAGUUUUCGAUAUUAUAAACGAAAAGAAAUCAGA